AGUGGAUGGAGGUGUAUGAGCGCAGCAGCUGUCAGCCGCGGGAGGUGCUGGUGGAGGUGUGGAAGGAGUUUCCGCAGGAGACGCAUCACCUGUACCUGCCCUCCUGCGUUCCGGUGCGGAGGUGCGGGGGCUGCUGCGGCGACGAGGCACUGGAGUGUGUACCAUCACGCACACACACACUCACCAUGGAGUUGAUGAGGACCUCAUAUAUGGUGCAUGAGAUGGUACAGCUGCCCUUCACUGAACACAGUCAUUGUGAAUGCAGGGUCAGCUAUGGCCAGCUGGCCAGUGGCUGGAUGGAGAGCCUGGAUUGGAUGGAUGUCAACACCCCCAGUAGCGCUGUACACCCAGUGUGGACCACCGGUGCUCCCACCCCGGCCCCCACCACUACCCUGUCCCCUACCCAGAGCACGGCUGCUUCCCCUGGGCAGGAGCUGGUGCAGUGUGCCCCCUGCCAUGGGCGCUGGAGGACCCUGGACCCCGAGUCCUGCGAGUGUCUGUGUCGGCUGAGGGAGGCGGGGUGCACGCGCCGGGGGAAGACACUCAACCAGCACAGCUGCAGGUGUGAAGCACAGAGGGAAUGACGAAACACAAGACGAGAUAAGACAGACAUCUUUUACUCUUCCGCCGCGGUGGGUAUCCAUCCAUCGCCCCUGGA